UCGCCUUGUCUUUCAGCUCAAUAAGAUGCAAAACAUACUUGGCAUCUGGUGAAGAACUACCUCCAGAAGACCAAAGUGAAUGUUAAUGACUGGCCUGAACAAACCCUGACUUGAGUCCUGCAGAAUCGUUUGGAUGAACUGAAGACCAAGGUCUUUGGCAGAAGACCAUCAAAUCUGGAGGACCUUGAGAGACUGGCUGAAGACGAAUGGACUGGGAUUCCUCAGGAGAGUGUCUGGGACUUGUUGAAAACACAACAGGUUGCCAGUAUAAGGUGGGGACUGUAAAAUGUAAUGUAUACCUACUUCUAAACAAACCAUUGGUUUCCAUUUGCCCACAGACUUUCUAUUUGCCUGUGAACAGCACCUUUUAGUUAAUAUCUACAUGAAGACAUUUUAGGAGUUGAUCAGUGGAUUUGAACAGAAAUCAGGAGGUUCUAAAAGGACAGAGAUCAGCAGAGCACAGAAAGUCUAGACUUUUCCUAAUCCCUUUCUGUAGUGAGGGGAGGUGAGGGAUGAUGCUGCUCUUGUCGAAGUCCUCCUCCCCUCCAGUUCCGGGUCUGGUCACAUGACAUCUCCGCCCCCACAUGUGCACAUCUCUCCUUCUAACCACCUCCUCCUCCUCCUCCUCCCCAAGUAAACAAUUCAGCAUCAUUUCAUUAUGUCUGCGAGAACCCCUGGAGUCUUAUCUUUGAAGAAAGGCAGACCCAGUUUGCUGAGAUUAUACAGAGACACGUGCCAUACAGUGAAGUAAAGAAAUGUGCCAUGUUUCAUAAAAAUAAGAGUGAGAGGAGGGAAUCAUUUAGGAAUAAAUUAGCUUGUUGCGUAGGUUAUUGACGUUUAUCAAGUGAUGGUGCUGAAAGCGCGUCGACCUUGGUGUUAGACUAGUAGGCUUGAAAUAGGCUUUAAAAACAGGCUAAUUUUACUCGAUGAAUGCAUGAGAACAUCGAGGUUUCACGCACAUGUAUAAAUAGGCUCACGUUUUUCACCUCUCAUGCAUUCAUAUGAGGUCGAUAUUUGUGAAUGGGAGUGAGAAAUGCGUCUCGUGCAUCGACAGCGUCAGAAUUAAAACGGGAAAAAUACGUUCUUGACAUAUUUAGUGAUUUGGUGAGAUAAAGAGUUGAGUUUUUGAAGAAAUAAUGCUUUGUUACACAGAAAUAUGGACCCGUGUGACAACCAGUCUGCCCCCCUCCCCCUUCGCGGAUGGUACAGUCUUGGUUCAUUCAUAAAAUUCUAGCAGAGCAUAAAAGGAGGGGCUUUCAUUCUAGUCGUCCAGUUACCAGGUAUAUACCUGGAGAGAGGAGCCGUGCUGCUCUGCCCAGCAGAAGGCCAGAGCUAUAUUUAUCACUGAUCGCGUUUUUUCCCCCCCCAAUCAUCCUCGUGAUGUAUCAUAACCUGACGCCUGACAUGGAUUCUGUCUCUCCCACCUGCCGAUCAGAGUCUCCUGCCGGGACACUUUUCCAGAAGACGCCAGAUGAGGCAAUCUCCCCUGCUUCCUCCUCGGAUAGCAAUGCAAAGGAGGUUGGCCAGGAUAUGAGCUCUGAAGACACUCCAUUUGUGCCAACAGUCACUGCAAUUUCCUCUACCCCAGAUUUCCAGUGGAUGGUCCAGCCUACGAUCAUUACAUCUGUCUCCCCGUCUCUGGGUAGCAAGCAAGCCAAUGAAGCACAAAGCUCUCACCAGGCAACACCCAAAGAGGGCGGGAGUAAAGGGAAAAAUGCUGUCAGAAAGGGGAAAACAGAGCAGCUGUCUCCAGAGGAGGAGGAGAAAAAGAGGAUAAGGAGGGAGAGGAAUAAGAUGGCCGCAGCAAAGUGUCGCAACAGACGGAGGGAGCUCACAGACACUCUGCAAGCUGAAACCGACAAGCUGGAGGAGGAGAAAGCAGCCCUAGAGACAGAGAUAGCCAACCUCCUGAAGGAAAAGGAAAGGCUUGAGUUCAUUCUUUCCACACAUAAACCAAUGUGCCAGAUGUCAGAGGAACUGGAGUCUAUUUUCCAGGAGCCUGCCGGGUCCCCGGGGCUACCACCCAGUCCAGACGAGGACAGGCUUCCAGAGGAUGGCAUCCAGGAAGCUCCCUCGCUCCAGGACAUGGACAUCCCCAGCGAUCCUUCCUCAGCCAUCUCUGGGAACUCCAAUAUCCUCCUGUGUGCCAGUGCUGACAUCAACCUCUGUGAUCUGGAGCCCUCUUUGGACAUUAAAGAUGGGCUUCUGGAGAACAUGCUGCCCAGUUUGGAGGAUAAAAUCCCCAUGGAGACGGCUCGAUCUGUGCCAGACAUAGACCUGAGCAGCUCUCUAGGGGUGUCAGACUGGGAGACCCUGUACAAAUCUGUUUCCAGCGACCUGGAGCCUCUCAGCACCCCUGUGGUCACAUCCACCCCCACCUGCAGCAGCUACCUGUCCGUGUUCACAUUCGCGUGUCCUGAGCUGGACUCUCUCACAGAGGGACCAGACGGUCAUAAAAGUGGGGGAGGAAAAUCUGAAAGCGUUGAUAUCCUUAACUCUCCAACUCUCCUCGCCUUAUAAUGCACAGAGGGAAGUGAUCUGCCUGAUCUCUCUGGUUUUCUCUGGUCUGCAGGUUUGAAAUGAUACCACAGCGUGCUGUAACACUUCAAGGACUCAUGAGAUGUCUUGUGUGUAAUGAAGCAAAACAUAUUCUCCAGAUAAACAGCCAACAGAGUGAUGUAGCUAAAAGCAUGGCUCUUGCUUUCACAGGAGGGAAGGAAUUAAGUUCUGAUUUUAAAAACGCAUGCUGAGAAAUUUCAUAUAAUUUUCAAAGCUUCUAUAUAUCUGAUCUGUUACUAGAUCUAAGAUGUAACGUGGGACUUAAUGUUACAGUUUGUGUUUUGAUGUCAAUAGUGUAUUGAUUGCAGUAAAUGUUGUAUUUACAUAUUCAUCCAUGUUUGAGUACCUACAUACCUCAAUGUCAUCAACUGUGGUUUUGACCUCAUUGAAAGUUUUCCAUGAAAACAUCCAGUGCUAUAUACUAAAUAUAAAUCUUAUCAAGAUGUAACUUAUGAUUUAGUUUUUUACCUUUCAGAUUUUGACUUAUUUGUUAAAUUUAAAAUAAGUGAAAUGAGCAUUGAUUGCUUAUCUAUGCUGCUGAGUAAUGACAAUAAAUCAUUCAGAGUG